AUGGAGGAGCAGGCCUGCAGCGGUUCUGGUGUCGGCUGCUGGUUCCCGUGGCGUCUCCUGCCGUGCGAGCAGGGGCUGUUGGUCUUCAGCUUCCUGGGGGAGCGGGACUUGGUGGCUGCGGCGGCCGUGUGCCGGCUGUUCCGGGCGUGGGCCAACGACAAGACCCUCUGGCGCGCUGCCGCCCUCCGCCGGGCUGUGGCGCCGCAGGUGGGCCGGAGCUGGAAGAGCCUCCUCUUCCAGUCCCGUUGCGUGGCGCCGGAGGGCUACCACCGCAAGUUCACGGACACGGCCCACAGCGGCGGCUCCUGGCUGAUCGCCACCAAGGCAACUCCCAUCACCCCCUUCGACCCCCUCGUGACUUCCUCUGUGCUCGUCCCGUGCCACGGCGCCAAAUGA